CGACGAUUAGUAUGUCGUGUUGCUCGUUGCUCUGCGACUCGGUCAUACGCUCAUGGGACGAAUCCUUGGUCGUCUGUUUGUCGGAUUCACUACCUGCUUGAUCCUCUUCAUCGCGUAUUCCUCUCAGAUAUUCAUAAUAUGGCCCUGGUAUGGCCGCGAGCUGUCAGUCCCGCUGCUGAGUCUGUUGCUCCCCUUCAACACUCUGGUAGGUAUGCUGCUAUGGAACUACUCGCUUUGUGUCAGAACAGAUCCUGGGUCUGUUCCGGAUUCUUGGGUCCCAGAUGUAAACUCUGGGAAUGGAUACGAAGUGAAGCGAUUGACGGGAAGACCCAGGCAUUGUCGAACGUGCAAUAAGUAUAAACCACCCAGAGCGCAUCAUUGUAGGCAAUGCAACAAAUGCGUGCUGAGAAUGGAUCACCAUUGCCCUUGGGUUAAUAAUUGCGUCGGCCACUUCAACUACGGCCACUUUAUAAGGUUUCUCUUCUACGUCGACCUUGCCUGCUCUUAUCACCUGGCUAUGGUCACUCGUCGCGUCUUUGACUGGAUGGAUGUUAGUCGUUGGGAUGAGCCGACUACUAGGGAACUCGUCUUCACCAUCCUCAACUAUACGGCCUGCAUACCAGUGAUCCUGUCUGUCGGCGCCUUUAGCAUAUAUCACUUCUAUUGUUUAAUUGGUAAUACUACGACUAUCGAGGGUUGGGAGAAAGACAAGGUUGCUCGCCUUGUCCGGCAUGGAAAGAUCAGUGAAGUCAAGUUCCCAUACAACUUAGGUGUCCGGAGGAACAUUGCAUCAGUACUCGGUGACAAUCCCUUGCUGUGGUGCUGGCCGACCGUGCCCCCUGGGACUGGGCUAAAAUACCAGCUUGCCGAAUCCAACGAAUCCCUCCCAUCAAUCCCUUGGCCGCCCGAAGAUCCUGCACACCAGCAAUACUCGGACGAAGACCACACGUUUGUGCUCCCAGACUCGCCUUGGACGUAUGCAAAUGGCGCAUUGAACCCAGACCUUCGACCGUCGAGCGCUCGGACCCGGAAGUCAGACGGUGGCCUACGCCAACGUGGUCCAUCUUCGCAUUUGGCAUUACCACCAUAUCAUCCCGACUACAACGAAGCUGCGUACGUGGAGCGUGACUCAGGAUUCUCGUCUACUUCGGGGUCGGAGGAUGAAUACACUCCCGCCAAUGACAGGCAAUGGGGAAUCAGGGUGCGCCGUGGCUCCGAAGGCUACGAAGUGCCCAUGAUAGAUCGCGAAGGGUUGUUACAACGGUAUAUACAAAACCAGGCCGGUGAACCUGACAGAUACCAGAGAUACGUCCCCGAGCCUGAUAGCGGUAGCAGUGGUGACGAGGACAACGAGGACCUGCCACUUGCCCAGCGGGCUCAGGCAUUGGCAGUGGAGGUCUAGUCUUUCAACGGGAUAUGUGGGAUAUCUAAUCUUUAUAAUGUACCAAUGGACAUCCUACACUAAUGUAUUACUAUAUGCAUAAUAGCGUCAAAAGAAAAUCAAGAAAGCACGAACAUCAGCAAAUAAAUUACACCAAAACAGCAGAGCGGCAUGGCCCGAGGACUUGGUAGAAGUGGCUAUAGCGGCGGGCGGUCAAAAUAAACCUUCCAUAUUAUACCUCCCUGCUCGCCAAUCUCCAGCGUGCUGGCGCCCACGGGUAGGUCUGCUUGCCAUUCCGUGCCCGACAUUGACCUGACCAAGGAUCCAUUUAAUCGAACCUCGACCGCCUCGAUACCCUUGCUUGGUUUCCCGUUAGCCUUGACUUUGGCGUCGACUGGUGUCGCCUCUGUCUUCUUGGCUGCUGCCUUGGCCCUUCCCUUCCCCUUUGUGUCUGUGGCAGGCUCUGAUUGCUCCUGCUCUGGGGGCUUAUCUUCUUCCUGUUCGUGCUCAUCUUCGAGAAAAGUGACAUCCUUGAUAGUCACCACUUUUUCGCCGUUUGUCAACCGCAUUGCCCAGCUCUUU